AUGGGUAGCUCAAAAGUGCUCCUUCAACUCAAAAAAACGGCAUUUCGAAAUGGAAUCGGAAUAUUAGCGUCGAAUGCACGUCGUUAUUCGCAAGCGCCGAGACUGCCAAAACCGUUGGAGGGGAUUCGCGUUCUGGAAUUGGGACAGAUAAAGGUAGAACCACCCGAGGUAGGUGAUCCCAUUCGUGUCUGGCGUAAAAUCGAUGUCGACGGAACCAGCCCCUGGUUUCGUUCAAUCGGCAGAAAUAAGAAAUCAUGCGAGAUCAAUCUACGAACAGAAGAAGGACGAGCACUUGCUCGAAAAUUAGCUGACAAGAGCGACGUCUUGGUUGAGAAUUUCCGUCCCGGAGUCAUGGAAAAAUGGGGACUCGGGCCAGAAGAACUAUAUAAAACCAAUCCCUCAUUGAUAUACACGCGUGUCUCCGGGUUCGGGCAAACGGGUCCUUAUGCGAAGAAGCCCGGUUUCGCAUCGGUUUGCGAGGCGAUGGCAGGGUGGCGAUAUAUCAACGGAUUUCCGGAUCAGCCGCCGGUACGUCAGAAUAUAUCCUUGGGUGAUUCUUUGGCCGGACUAACCGCGGCCUUUGGUACCGUUCUAAGUCUUUUGGCAAGAAACAAAAUCGCUGGAUCCGGGCAAGUCGUUGAUGUAGCCAUUUACGAGAGUAUAUUUAACAUGAUGGAAGGGGUAUUACCAGAAUACGAUCGAUUCGGAGAAAUAAGGCAACCUUCCGGUACAUCUGUAACGGGUAUCGUGCCCACGAAUGCAUAUCCUUGUUCCGAUUCCAAGUACGUAAUCAUAGGUGGAAACACUGAUUCUCUGUAUAAAAGGUUGAUGAAAGUUGCCGAGAGAGAGGACCUUAUCACCGAAAAGUACGAGACUAAUAAAGAACGCGUUCAACAUAAGGACCUGAUUGAUAACGCAAUCUCGGAUUGGACAAGAAAACACACUUCUGAAGAGGUGAUCGAGAAAUUAGAGAAGGAAGGCGUCCCUUGUGGUCCAAUAUAUAACAUCAAAGAUAUUGUUGAAGACAAACACGUUCAAUCACGUAACAUUCUCGAAACCGUUAGAGUAGGUGAAAACAGGGACGACGGUGGCUGGGAUUUAAAGAUCCCCGCCAUUACGCCGAUACUCAGCGAAACACCUGGUGAAACGACAUGGGCUGGUCCGGAUGUGGGACAACAUAACCGGGAGAUUCUGAUGGGUAUUCUUGAGAUGAGCGAGGGCGAAAUUAGGGAAUUGCAAGAAUCCGGAAUUAUCGCCACCAAAGAAUCGGUUAAAAAAUCCAGAUCGAUGGCAUUCUUCGAGGCGAAGAAUAACAUCAAGACAUUCUACGGAAAGGUAGCGGAAAAAAUGAGAACGUGA